AUGGAAAACGUUACAAUGAGAAGACGAAACAGAACUUUCUCUGACGACCCUGAGAACUUCCAAAUAAGUCAAUCGUUAACAAAUUCCACUCUGUUAGAUGUAACAAGUCAACGUGAAUAUUUAAUACACGCCAUAAAUAAAUCGUCUGUCGAUGAAUUGAAUCUGCAAUUAUCCUCAGUAAGAACAGAAUUAGAAUCAGCGCACAAUGAAAUUGCAGAAUUAAAUUCGCAGAUUCAAUUAAUGGAAUUAAAAUUACAAGAGAAAGACAGAACUAUCAACUGUUUAAAAAAACUCACUAGUGAUGACAAGAUUACUUGCACACCCAUUGCAAAACGAACGCCUAUCCCAUUAAGCAAAAUAAUAAUUUAUUUGCAAACAAAGACGCCUAGGAUAUCACCCCUGCAUGCUUCCGAAAUUGUUUGCAAAAAACUUUCAUAUAUAAAUCCUAGUGAUACGAAUCAUGGGACUGAGAAUGUAACCAGAGAUAAAGAACCUCCAAACUGUGUACAUGAAGAAAAAGAAAGAAAAAAUUUUAAUAAAAUUAAUAAUACAUCGUCAACACCAAAAAUCAUAAUCUUAGGAGAUCAGCAAGUACGAGGACUCGCUCAAGAAAUGUGUAAGCAGAGAUCUAAAAACAAAUGGAACAAUGUUUACUCAGUUUCCGGAAUAUGUAAACCAAAUGCAUCCAGCGCGCAAAUAUUUAACAGUAUUGAUAAUAUAUUAGAGACCUUGAAUAUGGAUGACAUUGUAAUUUUAGGUGUAGGAAACAAUGACAAAAAUCCUUAUGUAUUUCUGACUGAACUUUGUUCUACACUCUGCAAAUUGAAGAAGAACAAAGUUUUUGUAGUAAACGUAUUUAAUAAUGACUUUCUAAAUGUCAAGUUGUUGAAUAGAGAAAUUAAGCUAUUUGUUCAGAAUUUUUCAAACUGCUAUUUUAUUGACAUAAGUAAUAAUUUAAAUAGGAACUCGCGUUCGAUACCGAAACAUUUCUUGUGUUCUAAAUUAAAUAUAGAAAUUGAUAAUUUUAAUUACGAAAAACUUGUUCGAUCGUUACUUAGAUCAAAGUGUGCUGGCAUAGCAACUGGUAGUACUGGAGUAAAUAAACUGAACAUGAAAGAACUAAGCGAAAUAAAAGGAACUAUCCCAUAUUAUUUUUAUAGACAGAUAGAUAAAAGUAAAGUAGAGUAUAAGCAAAAUCCAAUGAAUAACGGUAAUGAUUCAACCUUUUUUCGAUAA